AUGCCACCACUAAUACAUUGCGUCCGUCAUGGACAGGGCUUCCACAAUGUUGGUGCCGGAUGCUACACUCUUCCUGAUCCUCGCCUGACUCCCUUGGGUGUAGAGCAGAACACGGCAUUGCGAGAGACCGCCUUCUCCGAUCAGUCAAAGAUAUCUCUUGUCCUUGCUUCCCCCUUAUGCCGAACACUCCAAUCUGCCUAUCUCGUGUUUCAACCUGCCCUUCAUGGCAGCAGCCAGUGUUACCCACAGAUCUUCGCCAUCCCUGACGCGCAAGAAACCUCUGACGACCCGUGCGAUAUUGGAACAGAUCCAUCUGUCCUUCGUGAAGUCGUAGCCGAGCACAACUGGCCUGUCGACCUCUCUUUAGUCAAGGACGGUUGGAACGUGAAAGCUUUAGGGACUCGCUACAGUCCCGAAAGCAACGUCAUAGCAGCCCGCGCCCGCGACGCCCGUAUCUUCAUCCGACAGAAGAUCCAACAGCUUAUAGAGCAAGGCGAUACGGAUCCUCAAGUUGCUCUUGUGACACAUGGGGGUUUCCUGCACUACUUCACCGAUGAUUGGGAAGACUCAUGGCUGAACCCUGGGACGGGAUGGAAGAACUGCGAGACGCGAUCCUACGUUUUCGAGCAACAUUUAAUGAAUGAUACAGAUGUGGAGGCUAGACUCAACGAGACGAUGGAGAGUCGAUCGAGAAGGGGAAAGGUCAGUCCGAUGCCAGCUAAAGAUGAACAAGAGGUGCUAUUUGAGCAGGCGAUGGAGAGUUGGGAGAAACAAGGGCUGCAGAGGCCUGAUAAAAUAGGAGUAAAUGUCGAAACGAGUGUGAUUGCUUGA